CUGCUCUGUGUUUGUUCUGUCUACUAUCCGCAGCCAUCCGGGGAGUUAGGCGGGCGGGACGCCCCGGGGGACGGUGCCGUGGCUGGCGUGAGGGUGCGGGGCGGGGAGAGGUGUGUGGCGGGAGGCUCCUCGGCUCGUAGCUGCGGAAAGUCCUCGAUCGUUCCAGCGCUGCCGAGGCGGCACUCAAAAUGGUCCAGCGCUUGACAUACCGCCGUAGGCUCUCCUACAAUACAGCCUCUAACAAAACCAGGCUGUCUCGAACCCCUGGCAACAGGAUUGUUUACCUGUAUACCAAGAAGGUUGGGAAAGCACCUAAAUCUGCCUGUGGUGUGUGCCCCGGCAGACUUCGAGGGGUUCGCGCUGUGAGGCCUAAAGUCCUUAUGAGACUGUCAAAGACAAAGAAGCACGUCAGCAGGGCCUACGGUGGUUCCAUGUGUGCCAAGUGUGUACGCGACAGGAUCAAGCGGGCUUUCCUUAUUGAGGAGCAGAAAAUUGUUGUGAAAGUGUUGAAGGCACAAGCACAGAGUCAGAAAGCAAAAUAAAUAUGCAGCUUUUUUAAGUAAUAAAAGUCAA